AUGGAUCAUCCUUCGGACUCCUUUUCGUACUCUCCUCUCAAUCCCGAGGCUGCGGAGAUUCGCCUUCUCACUAUCCUACCCGACAAAAAUGGAAAAGACCCAGUGAGAUGCACUUUGCAGACCGUGUCUCUGAACAACUCACCCCAAUUCGAGGCUCUCUCAUAUGUCUGGGGAACUGUUGUGGAAAAGGUGCAAAUCUUGGUGGACGACAUCCCAUUUCAGGUCACAACGAACCUCAAGGCAGCGCUGCAAUGCCUUCGACAUUCUCGGAAGAAACGCCUCAUCUGGAUUGACUUUAUCUGCAUCGAUCAAAACAACGUCAAAGAAAAGAACACCCAGCUCCCUCUCAUGGGCCGUAUCUACAAGGACGCGACAUCUGUAGUUGCAUGGCUGGGACCCAUAAAUCCCAACAUGGAACAGACAAUGUCGAUGAUCAAGCGACGAGAAAGCAGCCUGGCGGGGAUCCUCCAGGACGUACGGCAGAUUACGCGGCCGCGGAGCCGGAAGAACCGGCGCGACACAAUGGGAUCUAUUCUAGACGCUAUCCAGGGCUUUCUGGACAUCGUUUCGGCACCAUACUGGGGACGCAUAUGGACCUUCCAGGAGUACUAUCUACCCGAGAAGCUCCCCGUGUGCAUGGUCGGCAACAUCCCCUUUACGCUCCCCGCGCUAGUCGAUCUGGGUCGACACUUUUCGGAGAUCCUGGCCCCGUUCGUGGGAAACCUCGACAAAGUGGCUCCGCGCGUGGGCGAUGCAGCCGACAUCGAAUACCACCAGAAGCUCCUGAGCCGCGUGAAGGAAGCGCGGCAACGCCUCGCGCAGUCAAAUCCUAUGCAGGACUUUGCGCACGAUAUCGCAGCCAGCCGGAAAAGUCUGUCGUCCUUUGCGGAUGUGCUCGAUCUGACCGUCCAGCGCCAAUGCUCCAAUCCCCUCGACCGCUUCUACGCGUUGUACUCCAUGGUCGACGGCGUCCAGGAGAAGUACCCCGUCGAUUACGAAUAUACUGCGGACGAGGUGGCGCUCCAAAUCACGCUCUGGAUUUUGGUCUACGAAGGGCUUGAUUUCGUAUUCAACAUGUUUCAUUUCUACGACGGGCCCCAUGGGAAUAUCCUGGGUAACCCCAGCCCGUCGUGGGUGCCCAACUAUCGGGAUUCAACGUCUAGAAGCCGUUUUAGAUACAAGGACAUUGACAAGUCUCUCCAGGACUGGGAGCAGAAAGACUAUAUGACGAACUUGUCCUUGCUUCCGGGCAAGUACGUGCUACGAUUCUGGGCCAGAAGGGUGGGCAGGACUCGAAUCGUUUACAAGUUCCCGGAGGAGACUGUGGAGAUUGCCCGGAGGAUUCUGGAUGCAGUUAAAGAGCCAGCCUCCCAAUGGGGCAAUGGUGUAGACGAGGCGAACAUGACGGAACGCUUAGUCUGGGGUUUUCUUGCCCGUGGUGAGAUGCAACAGGAGUUUGCAAUCAACGAUGUCCUCAAUGCCCUGGAACAACUCGCCAGUUCUCCUGACGACUUUUCCGAGUCUACCCAGUCAUCGAAACUUGUGAAACAGCUCCUGCGGAAUCUGGCAUCCCUCGCAGGAAUGACGGUCUUUCAGCUUACAGAUUGUCCAACGGGCGGGUUCGGCAUUGGCAUUGGGCACAUUCAGGAAGGAGAUCUAUUGAUUCUUUCGGGCAAAAUGAUGAAUCCUAUUGCCUUGCGGGACUCGGGCUUCCGCAAUACCGACGAAGGUGUGGUACAUUAUCGCAUGGUUGGAAACGUCUUCGUCGAGGGCAUCGCGGAGGACCAGAAAGAACAUCCUACUCCGCUGCUUGCUGAGAUUAAGGGAGGGAAGUAUGAGGAGUUUCGGAUUUUGUAG